UGUAACAUUAGUCACAGAAUAUGGUUUCAUAUUUCAGUAAAAUGUUCAGCAUGUGUGUUGUUCUGCUCGUCUUUUCCAGCAUCUCUACAGCUCUAUAUAAUAAUAUUUCUGUUUCAGCUGUUGUUGGUGCUCCAGAAACAGUCACAGGACACAGAGGAGAGAGAGUAGAUAUCAGAUGCCCCUAUGAAUCUGGAUAUGAAUCGAAUUCAAAGUAUUUAUGUAAAGGCAAGUGCAUCUUUGGAUUAAGAGACAUCAUUGUUAGAUCAGGAUCUCCAGCUGAAGACGAGAGAUUCUCUCUGACCGAUGACACGACGGCCAGCGUUUUCACCGUCAGCAUCACUGACCUGAGAACAGAGGAUGAGGGACAAUACUGGUGUGCUGUGGAUAGGACUUUAAAUACUGAUGUCUAUUCAGAGAUUGUGUUGCAGGUUAAAGAGGAUAAGAAGACUGCAGAGGUUUCAACUAUCAGCUCUUUUAUAAACACAGCGUCAUAUUUCAGCACAACAAGAGAUAUAUUCACGAUCCAGCAGCAUCACAAUCACAGAAAGAAAAGAAACAAUCACAGAUCAGCACACACAGGUCUGUCUUCUGUUGCUGGCGGUCUGGGUUCGGUUCUGCUGGUUCUGGUUCUGUGUUCUGCAAUGUUCCUCAUCCUCAAAAAGAGAAAGAGGAAAUCUAGGACAGCUUUAUUUCAGCAAAAUGUGCAGCACAAUACGGAGAGUGUCCACAUGUAUGAGAUUGUAAACAGUGACCCUGGACCAUCUGAUGUCAUCGCUGCAACAUCUCCGUCCAAUCAGACGCCUGCAUCACACCUCAACACCCGCCCACCUGACUCUGCUGUUUAUGCCACAGUAACCAAUCAGCAGCCUGAUUCAAACCCCAGUCACAUCCACUCGACCAAUCAGGUGACGGAUACAGACUGUGAUUAUUAUGCUAAUAUGAAGCCGCCUGAACCAACAACAGAAAACAGAACAGAUCUGAUCUACUCAACAGUGACACGUCCACAAAACAUCAAGACCAACGACGGCCCGAUAUAUUCACUGAUCAAACAUAAAUAAUAAAAAAAGAGUUCCUAAGCUUCUUCAUCAACAUCUGCACUGAUGCUAAAAGUGAAAAGAAAAAAAUGGUGCAUGCUACAUAUUUUUUAUGAAUCAAUAUGUUGAUAGAUUUUUCUGAGUUUUUAUCAUUAUUUUAAAAACGGUGUAGUUUUACUAACAAGAAAAGUGAACUUAAGAUUCUUUUUAAAUGUUCUAGACACUGUUCUCAUGUGUAUUGUACAGGUCUGUAUUAAGCACUGUUCACUUGUGCUCAGAUCAAUGAAAACUUCUUAACAGCGAGUGUGAACAGGGUCUGAAAUCAAACUAACAGCCCUGCUGAAAUAAACAACAGAAACCAUCACAGAAAACCUAAUGGCUUACUCUACAAAUACAUUUACAAGCAUGACAAACCAUCAACUAUUAACCAUUAAAACCAUUACAAAAUGUGUUUCAGGAGAUGUUCUACUAGGAUGUAA